UCCAAACUUCCCCUUGGCUCAGAAAUGCUGAUGUAGCAUCGUCUGUGUUCGCCAACUUCCCUGGUUGCAUCCCACUUAAAGAGCUGAGAUCACAACUCAAACUGGUCAUUAUGAGAACUUUGCUGCAGAGUGUGUCUACAUUGUGAAUCUCCUCGACUGAGCAUUAAAGUUGUGUGUUAGUGAGGAUAACGACUGUAUACUUCAGUGGAAUUAUGAAAUGAGUGUUUACACAUGAUUGACAUGUAGGACAGCCUAUCGGUGAUGCCGUCUCAUGUGAUUGACAUGUAGGACAGCCUAUCGGUGAUGCCGUCUCAAGUACUAAUUGUAGGUGCAGCUGAAUUGGUGUGAGCUGAAGAUUUGGAGGCGUGGUCUGUAGAUGGAGUCACCCAGUCAGCGUAAAGCGCCCCCUGUUGGAGCUUUAGGAGAGGGCGUCUCACCUGACGCUCUAAGGGUCAACAUCUUAGCUGCGGACGGAAGCUGUGUCUCUGCACCUGUGCUGGUUAACUCUCAGGUUCAUGGGGAUGUCCUCAUAAAAGUGAUGAAUGAUGUACAGCUAAACACUGAUUCAGGUCUGGAACCCACCCUAUUUGACUAUAAGGAGUCCAUUAGGACUCACUAUAAGAGAGUGCAGGAGUACAACUCCCUCCCCGCCGAGGACGUGCUGCUGACUGACCGCUACACUGACCUGCUGAUAGUCCAGAACCACCGGCAGCAGAAAGAGAGAGAGGUGGAGAUCUCUUUCAGAGGAGCAAGUUUCUUCAGUGCCAGGGAGGCAUAUCAAAGCACCACUGUGGACCAGUUCUUCAGUCCUGAUGACCGUGGAGAUGUUCCUAGAGCAGUCAUUCUUCAGGGCCACUCUGGACAUGGCAAAUCCUUUACGGUACAGAAGAUCAUGUUGGACUGGGCAUCAGGCAACCUCUACCAGGAUCGAUUUGAACUUAUUUUACACUUGAGAUGUAAAGAACUGAACCAGGUGUCAGGAAAGCGGUGUGUGGUUGAUCUUGUGAGCUGCAGUCAGAAAUAUACCCCGCUGAUCUCACAGAAACUAAAGGACUCACCUCAGAAGGUGCUCCUCCUCAUAGAUGGAUUUGAUGAACUCCAAUUCCCAAUGGAUGAAAUCAGUGACUCACCUGUCAAAGACCUUUUGACACCAGCUCCUGUUGAGGCCACUCUGAGUGCUCUGUUGAAGGGGUCAAUCCUUCUUGAUUGCUUCCUGCUGGUCAGCACCAGGCCCACUGCUGCAGACACACUGAGUAAACUGCUUAAAGGCCCUCAGCGCUCCACUGAGAUCCUGGGCUUCUCUGAGAGCGGGGUGCAGGAGUACUUCCAGAGGUUCUGUCAAGAUCAGCAGGUAGCAGAGAAGGCAUUCAGCAGUGUGAAGGCAAACGAAACCCUCUUCACUUCCUGCUCCAUUCCAGUCAUAUGCUGGAUUGUCUGCACAGUUUUCUGGGAGCAGUUAAAAGAAAAUGCUGAAAUGGCCGAGCCGGAAACAACCACCUCCAUAUUUGUGGAUUUUGUGUCCACUCUGCUGGAGCACCACUGCCAGCAUUUGAGUCAGCCCGUCCCCACUCUGCUGAGGAGCCUGGGCCAGCUGGCAGAGAGAGGGAUGCUGGAGCAGCGAGUCCUGUUUGAGAAAGAGAGUGUGGAAAGUAAAAUCUCAGAUCUAGCAAGUGUUCCCUUCCUGUGCAAAUUCCUCCUGAAGAAGAAAGUCCGAAAGAAAGAAAUGUUCAGUUUCAUGCAUCUGAGUUUCCAGGAGUUCUUCACUGCACUCUACUACACCUUUGACCAGAAUGAGGAGAAAGUCGAAGAGCUGCUCAAAUCUUUCCAAGGGGAUGAAAUGAAAUCGCAUCUCCUACCUGUCAUUCAGUUUCUGUUUGGCCUCUCAAAUAGAGAAGUCAUGCAGGACUUAGAGCAUCUCAAACUGCCUUCCCCAUCCUCCAUUCGAAGGCAGCUAGAAGAGUGGAUGCUUGGACUCAUCAAAGGGAAUUCGGACUCUAAGAAGGCUGACAUGACCCUCUUCAUACUCCACUGUCUCUAUGAGCUCCAUGAGGGAAAGCCAUGCGAGGACAACCACAAGGAAACUCCAUUUGUGUGCCGAGCCAUGGAGGCUUGGGGUGAGAUUAAUUUUGACUCCAUUCCCCUGACGAGGACAGACUGCUGGGUGCUGCUCUACUGCCUGCAGUGCUGCCCGACCAUCAGAAGCCUGGAGCUAAAUAACUGCAACAUGACAGCAGACAAGCUGAGGAUGCUGCAGCCUGCACUGAGCAGGUGUGAGGAGCUGGGGUUUGGUAUGCAGGACCUGUCGGAUGUGGAUGUGGGUGAUCUGAUCUCAGCACUCGGAGAGGGAAAGAUCCUGCACAGACUCUAUGCAUUCCACAGCAGUCUGUCAGAGGAGAGUGUGCAGCAGAUCUUCAGCGCCCUCUACAGGCAGAAGUCUGUGGGCAGAGUUGGACUCACUGUGAAGACCAUCACCCUCACCACUGCUGAGAGACUAUUGCAGUUCUACAGGAACACUCAGAUUGGGGAUUUUGUGGGGGUGGGUCUACCGGAGGAGGCUGGGCAAGCGGAGAGUCUCUGUUCUGUUCUUGUGCUGAGAAAAGUGAAGAACUAUUUUGGGCUGCUGAUUGGCCACUUUGCAGGCCCAGCGGCAGAGAGCUCAGGGCUGAAGCUCAUCCUGCUGUUCUCCGCGGAGAUGUCCAGCGCCACCCUGAGUAGGAUCCUCCAGGCCUUUCAUCCACUGAGACGCCCAGCAGAGAACAGUCCAGAGUACGAUGAGUGUGUGGAUGCUCUAAUGGCGCAUCUGUCCUCUCUGCCUGAUCUGAUGGAGGUGACUCUGUCGACGGGCUGCCUGACUGAGAUCUGGGCCAAUAGGAUCCUCACCCUCAUCCACACUUGCCCCCAGUUAAGGGAAGUCCAGUUUGGUGCCGCCAUCUUUGAUGGGAGUCGAGAUGGGGAGUCGGGGUUGCUGCUGGAGGAAGGCAUCCGCUCACUCAAGGAGGCGCGGACGCGUCCAGGCUGCAAAGUCACACUUCACGGGAAACGCUGCAGUAAGCCUGCUGACCCGUGCACUAGACUAAGGGACCGGGAGCUCAGCUGUAACAAUGUGUCUAUAGUGGGCAUGAAAACGUCACCUGUGAGAGACGUGGAGGACACGACUGACCAUCAGGUGACCUGUGCCGGACAUGAGGCAUCCGCAACACAGAGAGAACAUAGGGACUCGGAGAAGGACCAGGAUCCCUUACAAUUCUUUGCAAGUCACUUUGAAUGAAAUAAGAUGCCAAUAUAAUUAAAUCCAAACCAGAUUAGUUGGUGUUGAAGUAAUUCUGGAAAUAAUCAGUACUAGGACUGUGCUUCUGUCCUGCGCUGUGUGGAUCCCUUUUUUUAAAUUAUAUUUGUGCAUUUCAGUUGGACAGAUAUUUUGAACAAAUUUUAAACAUGUAGAUCACUGGCAGCAAUUUCAACCAACCAAAUGAAUGAAUCCAAAAGUGGCUACUGCCAAUGUAUGCAGGUAGACCGUGGUGAACUUGUCAAAUUAACAGGGUUCCCGCGGGGUCUUAAAAAGCCUAAAAUUCAGAACUUUAAAUUUAAGGCCUUAAAACGUCUAAAAAACGGCCAGAUUUUCAUUCCGAGGUCUUAGAAUUCAUUUAGUCAGGUCUAACAAAUAUUUUACCAUCGUUCAUUUCCAGAAACGCUGGCCGCAGAAAGUAGCAAAAAAGUAUUGAGUCAUAGCUUGCAAAGCAGAGCUCUAGCGUCUUAGCUACCUUUGUAACAAAACCAGCAGAAUGCUCAGAACAUUGGUUCAGUGUGUGUUGUUCUUUCUGGGGGAUAUUGGUGUUGGUACGUAGCCUACGCAGUGAUAAAUCUACAAAUCCUGUGAUAAAUGCAAUACCUGCCCGCAAAAUAGCCUACGUCUGCGUCUCCUCAGAAUUUGUUAAAGUUCGGCUACGUGUGGAAAAUGGGAAAGUGUAGGCCUACUUUCAACGAGACAUGGCUAGAUCCAGUGAUGCCGCGUUACUCUAUUUUGACCACUUUUUUCGGUAGCGAGUCUAACGCGCUACUAUUUCUAGCAAUCAGAUUAAAGUUAC